ACGAGGGGACCCCCGAGUCUGGUCAGCCAAUGGGGACAGAGGUCCAGGUAUAAAUACUUAAGCCCAUCAUCUGGCAGAGUUGGGCAACCCUUACAUUCGGCGAACAGGAACGGAUCCCAGGAUUGUUAACCUCUUCCUUUUCUCCUAAGCAGGUGGAGUAGGAAUCGCAACCAUGACGAAGAAUUGUCAUAACGACUACAAGAUGAAGUUCUCGGUGGACGAGGAGUUCCCCGAUCUGUCUCUGCACAACAACCACAUGGCCAAGGUGCUGACCAAGGAGAUCUACGGCAAGCUGAGGGGAAAGUCCACUCCCAGCGGCUUCACAGUGGAUGACGUCAUCCAGACUGGUGUUGACAACCCUGGUCACCCCUUCAUCAUGACCGUGGGUUGCGUUGCUGGUGACGAGGAGUCCUACGAGGUCUUCAAGGAUCUGCUGGACCCCAUCAUCUCCGACCGCCACGGUGGAUACAAGCCCACCGACAAGCACAAGACCGACCUGAACUUCGAGAACCUGAAGGGUGGCGACGACCUGGACCCCAACUACGUGCUGUCCAGCCGCGUCCGUACCGGCCGCAGCAUCAAGGGAUUCACCCUGCCGCCCCACAACAGCCGUGGAGAGCGCAGAGGCAUCGAGAAGCUGUCCAUUGAGGCCCUGGCCAGUCUGGAUGGUGAGUUCAAGGGAAAGUACUACCCACUCAACGGUAUGACCGAGGCCGAGCAGGACCUGCUGAUCAAAGACCACUUCCUGUUCGACAAGCCCGUGUCCCCCCUGCUGACCUGCGCUGGCAUGGCCCGUGACUGGCCCGACGGCAGAGGCAUCUGGCACAACAACAACAAGACCUUCCUGGUCUGGGUGAACGAGGAGGAUCACCUGCGUGUGAUCUCCAUGCAGCUCGGAGGCAACAUGAAGGAGGUCUUCAAACGCUUCUGCACUGGCCUGCAGAAGAUUGAAGAGAUCUUCAAGAAGCACAACCACGGCUUCAUGUGGAACGAACAUCUGGGCUACAUCCUGACCUGCCCCUCCAACCUGGGAACCGGCCUGCGCGGCGGUGUGCACGUCAAGCUGCCCAAGCUCAGCACACACGCAAAGUUUGAGGAGAUUCUGACCAGACUGCGUCUGCAGAAGCGCGGCACAGGUGGUGUGGACACGGCCUCCGUGGGUGGUGUGUUCGACAUCUCCAACGCUGACCGUCUGGGCUCCUCUGAGGUGGCUCAGGUCCAGCUGGUGGUUGACGGUGUCAAGCUGAUGGUUGAGAUGGAGAAGAAGCUUGAGAAGGGAGAGUCCAUCGACGGCAUGAUCCCCGCCCAGAAGUAAAGUGGACAGACGAGCAAUGACUGAAUGACUGUCUGUGUUUGUUUUUUUUACAUGAGAAAAAAUGAACAGGUAGCCUUGUAAAGUUAUUUUACUGGUUUACUCCUUUUUGUCAGGAAUACACUCCACCCACUUUUCUUUCUUCCUACUCAAUUCUGUCAACUUUAUUAGUCUUGUCCUUUCCUGCUGUGUCUUUGGCUCCUAAUUUUCCCGUCACUCUAAUCACAUCCCGCCCAUCUUCUCUGUAACAUCCUGGGAUCAAUCCAUGCAGUGAGGAACUGCUAUGCACUGAAAGAAAAUGUUCUGAUUGUAAAAUAAAACUGGACAAUUAAAUUAUGCCCCAUGUGACAAUCAAA